AUGGUUUGGUCUCCUACCAAGACGACCGCCGCGCUGUGCGCCCUACUGGCAGCCGCCGCGUCGCUGCCGUCGCGCGUCGUCGUCGUCUCGGCCGACAUGACGUCGCUCGACCAUCACCACCACGAAGCGCACGUAGGCGACGUGGACGCAGCUGCGACCGGUGACGCGCUGCACGCGCGCGAUGCAGCGGGACCGACCGACGGGCCGCAGGACGAAGAGGGCGCGCCCGACUACAAGUGGUACUGGCACCACGGCGAAGACUCGAUGUUCGCGCAGGACAGCGGCGUGUUUACGAACUUCAAGCCGAACGACACGGACCAGACGUGCUCGCAAGACACGCACGCGACGCCGUUCAACAAACAGGUGCGGGGCGUGAACCUCGGCGGGUGGCUCGUGCUCGAGCCGUGGAUCACGCCGACGCUGUUCUACCAGUUCCUCAACACGCAGCAGCGGUACGGCGACAAGGCGCCCGAGAAGACGGCCAUGGACAUGUACACGUUCUGCACGGCGCUCGGGAAAGAAGAAGCGAACCGCCAGCUGCGCAUCCACUACGACCGGUGGGUCACGGAGAAGGACAUUGCUGCGCUCGCGGAAGCCGGCAUCAACUCGCUGCGAGUGCCCGUGGGCGACUGGAUGUUCAACCCGUACGAGCCGUUCGCUGGCUGCACAACUGGCGCCGUUGAAGCGCUCGACCGCGUGGCGGACCUCGCGCUCAAGUACAACAUGGACAUUCUGCUGGACAUCCACGGCCUCAUUGGCUCGCAGAACGGCUUUGACAACAGCGGCAAGUCCACGGCCGUCAAGUGGACGUCCAUUGCGAGCACGCAGCCCGUGGGCACAACGACGUUUGAGCACUGGCCGAUCCGUCAGGCCGAGUGGGCCGGUACGUUUGACGUGGAGAACCACAACUACACGAGCAUCAACUACGCGAACCUCAACCACUCGAUCGUGACGGUCGAAGCCAUCAUCAAUCGAUACAAGGGCCACGAAGCCAUCAUGGGGCUUGAGCCCGUGAAUGAACCGUGGGAGCUCACGCCCAUCAAAGUGCUCAAGGAGUACUACUGGAAGUCGUACAAACGUGUCAAGGUGCUUGCCCCGUCGUGGAAGUUUGUCAUCCACGACUCGUUCCGGUUCGGGUUGCCGUUGUGGGCAGACUUUCUGCACGGGUGUCCCGACAUCGCCAUGGACACGCACAUUUACCAGGCGUGGAAUCCGCCUGGCACGAUGGCUGACUUUAACUCGAACGCUUGCCAGCAAAAGUACGUCAUCAGCAAGAUGGAAAACGCCUUGAUGCCCGUGAUCGUCGGCGAGUGGUCAGUCGGUACUGACAAUUGCGCCAUGUGGCUGAACGGCUUCAACGACAAUUUGCCGGGCUUCCCGAAAGUCCAAUGCCACAUGAUAGACUGCCCAGUGAACAGCACGUAUCUCGGGGAAGGGUUCCCGGGCACUCCGCUGGACACGACCAAGCCCAUCCAGGGACCGUACGGCACGGGCAUGUCAGGUCCAUCGUUUGGCAAGUGUCCUGUGAACAGUCAGAGCUCUUUCAGCCAGAAAGACGACGCUGCGUUGACCAGGUCGUUGACGCUGAAGAAGCUGAAUGGUUUCGCUGUGGGCCACGGAUGGUACUUCUGGAACUUCAAGACGGAGUUUGCCACGAAGUGGAGUUUCUUGGACUUGGUCCGCAACGGUGCGUUCCCCAAGAACGUAUCGCACUACCACGAAAGCGACGGUGUGCAGUCGGUCUGCGUGAAGGAAGACGAAGGUGACUUUGUGUGCCGUGCCAAGCGUGGUGUUCAAGAAUAUGAGCUCAAGAGCGGGCUCGCGUUCGCCUGCAACUUCCCUGACAUCGACUGCUCGGACAUCGAGCAGCGUUUCGACACGCUGGAAGAGCAGUGUGACUGGGCGUUCGACCAGUACUGGCACUACAAUCGCGAGAAAGGUGCGACUUGCGAUUUCGGCGGUGCUGGUCACCUGUUGAACGUGCCAGGCACGGCGGCUUCGAAGCAUCCGUCUUCCCCGACGUCUCAGAAGCUCAAGGCGCAGCAGCCAGACGACUCGUCGAUGCCCGUGGCCAAGUGGGGUUUUGCAGCCAUCAUGGGCGUCGUUGCCCUCGCCCUGAUUGUGGUUGGCGGUGCAGCCUUUGCCGUGAUGCGCUGGCGUCAGCAGCGUGCGCGUCGCGAGUACUCGCCCAUCGCUGGUCGUUCGUAG